UAAAGGCCGCGGAAAGAAACGUCGUCGUUUAAAACGUCAAAGUCAUCAAUUUCACAGAGCCUCUUUCCUCCUCUCUUGGUCCUCUCUCUCUCCGUGUCGCCUAACUGAACAGCAGCAGGGGAAGGAGCUGAAGGAUCAGCCAUGGCCAGUGAUCACGAGCCGGCGAAGAUCUUACUGCCGUACCUCCAGAGAGCUGAUGAGCUGCAGGAGCACGAGCCCCUCGUCGCUUACAACUGUAGACUGUAUGCGAUGGAUCGUGGUCCGAAGAUCCCUGCAGGGGAGCGUACGAAGACCGCCAACGCCCUCUUGAAUUCCCUCAUCAAACAGCUGGAAAAGGACAAGAAAUCGCUAAAUCUUGGGCCCGAAGACAGUUUGCAGGAAGGGUUUGCCUUGAAUGUCUUUGCAAAGGCUGAUAAACAAGAUCGUGCUGGGCGAGCUGACUUAUUUGGUCUUCGGCCGGAUUUCGCAAUCCUUCACGAAUCAUCUUGAGCAGAAACAGAAGUAUGCAGCUUGGAAAGCAGCAGAUAUAAGAAAGGCUUUGAACGAAGGAAGGAAGGAAGCCCGUCCCUGGGCCUCCUGCUGGUGAAGAUGAUCUGUCUGUGCCGCCGAGUACAUUUGGUGGAUCUUAUGACCUUGGUGUGAAUCCAGCACCGGAGCCUGACCUGUCACCUCGGCCUCAUGAGAGAAUAGGGCGUCAACAUUCUGCCAACAUUUUGGGAUCUCCACCACCCCGCCCUUCUUCCACUCAUCCUUCUCACGACUUUCAUGCCCAUCCUCCUCCUCCAAACACAAAACCAAGAUCUCCUCCGAUCCACUCUUCUUCCAGUUAUCCUUCCCGCGAACUUCAUGCUCCUCAUCCUCCAAACACACAGCUAGAAAGUUCUACCUAUUCUUCGUACUAUCAAGAAACCCCUCAACAACACAUUCCCCAGAAUUACCCUUCCGAGCAGCAACAUCAGUCCACGGGUUACUCCUCGGAACAGUUCUCUCGGAUCCCACAAAUCCCACAUAAUUAUUCCUCAGACCAUUAUGAUUAUCUGCCGCAGUCACAGCAGCACAUACCGAACAAUUACCCGUCUCAGGACAACCCUCCUUACUCCUACCCAAACUACCAAUCUUACCCAAGCUUUACGGAGAGCAGCCUGCCAUCAGUACGACCCACGAUUCUUCUUACUGUCAAGGUCCUGAGACUUCUCAUAUUCCUUCAAACAAAAGCUAUCCCCUGGGUUCCUCAGUAUGGCUCUUCCUCCUCUAGCAGCAGAACAAAUGGGUAUCAAACUUCCCACUUGGACCAUUUUACAAUGCCUGCGAGCUUCGGCAAAGUUUAACUUGUCCAGUCUGCUGGUCUGUAAGUCACUCCUAAUCAAUAUUCUUCGAUAUCCAACCGACUCAGGUAGAAGAGCUUCUUUGUGUUUAAUUGUACCUUUGUAUUUCUUGGUUGAUUUGCGGCUGAUGAUGCGGAGCUCACAAGGAUGAACAGCCCGAGGGACAGAGUAUUGGAGUGGUUCCUUGGAUUGAGCGAAGAUGAAGAGAUGUGCCUGACAAAGAUAGUCAUGAGGUACAAGAACGAGAAGCCCGAGGACUGAGACGACACAGGAUUCCCAUUUAGUGGUAAUGUCGCUGCAAGCCAUAAUACGGAGAUUACAGGGAAUGGUAGCUUCGAUGGCUCGGUUACCAACCUUCAGGCGGCGAUUCGGGAACCUGGGGAAAAUGCUGUAUGCGGAGGCUGUCCAAGCCAUUGCAUCGGACAACAGUAUGGGAGUAGUGAUACCUGUCAAGGGCUCUAAGGAAGCAGAGUAGAGCAGAGCCCACAAGAGGCAGCCAAUGCCUGAUAGUCUGGUCAAGGAUUGUUCCCCUUUAGUUUGCUCUGCUUUCCACUUAAAACCGUUUCGUUUCCUUCUGUAUGUAUUUGGUUGUAUAAUAAGUUACAGAAAUGUCGAUAUACAGAAUUUGCUCUUCAAUACCAAAACAUUAGCACUAUGUUCAAUCAAA